AGAGCACGGGUAAGCAGUAAUGUGUGGAUGGCGACGUCCAACGGAAUUCACGGACUUUUGUCCAUCUAUACAAAGGCAUGGAAUCCAACAGCGACCUGAGAAGCAUCAAGCAAGCACUGGUGCCGGCUAAAGCGCUGGAAUUGAUUUGUUCCUGUGUUGUGCAUCAUAUCAUCCGACACAAGUCAUAGUAGCAGAAAUUCGGCUGAUCCUUUUUUUUUUGAGAAUUCUGAUCCAAUUUUGUUGUGGCAAAGGAAACAAAUAAACAAGGAUGGAUGUUCAUCUAAAAAACAAGGAUGGAUGAAAAACAGCUUUGCCGUUGGCUCCUUGGGUUGCGUUUGCGAUCGCAGGAGAAGCAGUUUGACUGCUGGCCUGGCCUGGCCUGGCUUUGUUGGUUUCCAACACCAAGGCUCGGAGACGCAACGGGCUCUGCCUCUCUCGUCGUCAACUAAGAGAGCCUCCGUCGUAUCGUCGUCAAUGGAGGCCACAGCAGAUAACAGUCACCCGUCAACCGCCCUCCCCACAUUAACUCCCACCCGCCUCACAGCUCUCUCUCUCUCUCUCUCUCUUUGCGUAACGAUCGACUUCUCGUGCUUUCCCUAUAUAAUUCAUCAGUUUUUAUUACAAGAUUUCAUCCCCCAAAUCCCAGGCGCCCGAAUCCACCAAUCAAUCUAUCCAUCUCAAUGGCCUCCUCCUCCGCCGCCGGUAACGGCACCGGCGGCAUCCUCCCCACGCACACCGCCGCCCCCGCCUGGCCUUCAACUUCCAAGCCCCCGCCCACCAAGGACCCUCGCCGCCGGCGCUGCCUCUGUGUGUGCCUCCUCGUCACCCUGGCCGUCCUGCUCGCGCUCGCCAUCACCCUGCUCGUCCUAUUCCUCACCGUCCUCAAGGUCCGGGACCCCACCACGCGCCUCGUCUCCACGCGCCUGGCGGGCGUCGCCCCGCGCCUCACCUUCCCGGCCGUCUCCCUCCAGCUCAACGUCACGCUGCUGCUCACCGUGGCCGUGCACAACCCGAACCCGGCCUCCUUCGCCUACGACGCCGGGGGCCACACCGACCUCACCUACCGCGGCUCGCACGUCGGCGACGCGGCCAUCGACCCGGGCCGCAUCCCCAGCAAGGGCGACGGCGAGGUCAAGUUGGCGCUCACGGUGCAGGCGGACCGGCUCGCGGCCGACCUGGCGCAGCUGGUGGCGGACGUGGAGAGCGGGUCGGUGGCCAUGGAGGCCAGCACCAGGAUCCCCGGCAGGGUCACCAUCCUGGGCAUCUUCAAGCGCCACGCCGUCGCCUACUCCGACUGCAGCUUCGUCUUCGGCGUCGCGGAGAUGGCGGUGCGCAGCCAGCAGUGCCAUGAUCGCACAAAGCUCUGAUGAUUGAUGAUCCAUCAUCCAUGCAAGGAAGAUGGCAUCCAUGCCAACCGUGUUGGUUGGUUUCCGUUUCCUGGUCGUGCUUGCCCGUCGCCGUCGGCACCGCCCACACGCACCCACAUGCCCUCUCAUGGCGUCGGCAUUCUUCGCCUCAUCUCACGUUGCAGUAGAGCACGAGACUGUAUUAUUACUAGACUACUACUACUUUGUAACAGAGACAACAGAGAUUGAUUAGGCCCUCUAGUUUUUAGUGGGUUAUUAUUACUGCUGUAUGUAUGAUUCUGGGUUUGAUCAAUGCCCGCUUGUGUACAUAAACACAAUAGGUUGAAUGGAUGGAUGUGCAGGUGCUUGCCUUUUUGUCUA